CCCCAAACACACACACGCUUCUCUGUCCCCUCGUGCGCUCUGCAGGCGGCGGCGGCGCCAUGGCCGGCUUGGAGCUGCUCUACAACUCGGUGGCCCCGGACAUCUCGUGCCCGCAGGACGCGCUCCUCUGCUACCUGCACUGGAAGCUCAUCACGCACGACUACCGCUGCCUGGGCGCCGGAGACGAGCCAGGCUCCGGAGAGAGGAAGUCGGAAUUGCUGCCCGCCGGGUGGAACGCAGACAAAGACCUCUACACUCUGCGCUACAGGCUGAAGGACGACUCCCAUGACCUGCUGCUGAAGGGCAUCAUGAUGGACGGCAGCAUCAUCCUCAACGUGAUGGAUCCCAAGUCACAGAAAGUGGCAGAUUUGACUUUGAAAGUGACCGACUACAUCGACCCGGAACACCUGGCUGAUUUUGACAAGGUGUACCAGAAUGCAGAGGAGCUGCAGGCGCAAGUGGUCCACCACAUCAUCUCUCCCUUCGAGGCAACCAAAGAGCGGGUCAGCGCCAAGGAGGAGCCCAAGCGUGAGAGGAACCCCUCCCCGCCCAACCCUCCUGACCACGACCCCCUGUGGAUCCCACCUCGGCAGCCCCACGGCAGCCGGCAGCCCAACUGGCCGGAUCCCAUGGGGCCCUUUGCAGUUGGUGGCGACGAUCUGGAUCCCUUUGGGGGCCGAAGAGGGGGGAUGAUCUUGGAUCCACUUCGUUCGGGAUUUCGGAACCCCGCCAUUGACCCCUCUUCAGGACUUCCUAGUAGGCUUCCUCCUGGAUCUGUUCCGCCAGGUGCCAGAUUUGACCCUUUUGGACCCCCUGGGGCCAACCGCAGUGGACCCAACCCUGACCAUCUUCCCCCACCCAACUACGAUGAUAUGUUUAUGUGAGCUUCUGGAGUUCCCCUCCUCUGCUCUUGGGUAACCUGCAUUCAUCUCUCAACCCCAAAACGUUUGGGGGCCAGGCUUUGGUGGGCUUCAAUCUUCUCGGCUCAGCGAGGUUCCUUCCAGGCUCUGCCAACUGGCUUUGAUUUCUCAGCAUAUAAACCAGAAGAGGAAGCAA